AUGCCACUAUUUUUAAGUGCUAUGGAUCCAGCCUAUGAAAAGGCUAUCUAUAUCAUCGCUUUCAUCUACCGCUCUACCGCACUCGUACUUUCCAUUCUUGGUUAUAUCUCUAUGUUCUGUCUAGUACGAAAGAAGGCAAAACGCAACGAAAAACGCGUUCUGAUUCACGGAGGAAGUCUUCUGGCAUCGCUAUCAGCUUCUUUGAUAUGUACGAUAGUCCGAGGAACCCAGAUAGGAAUGGAAUACGAAUUGAUGCGAGUGUUCUACUUCACAGUCUUUUUGUGGGUUCCGUGUACUGAUAUAGUGACAACAUUCUGGAUUGUGGCAUCUUUGCGGCAUAGUGUUAACCCAUUCAAGGCACCGAGAACAAGUAUAGCUAACGCUAACUCGAAGAUUGCUUUCCCAUCUUCUCGUCAAUAA